AUGGCGGCCGCACCACCACCUCAGCAGGCCAUCGCGGAGCGCGCUGAGAUUCACAAAUCUUGUCGCGCUCUGGAGACGGUCGUAAACAUCUUGAACGAUUACUCUGAGGCCGCUCGCGCCAUUGUCACUCUUCAGAAGAAGCUUGCGAAAGCUUUGCGGGACGCAUCUUCAUGUAAGGCUACCGGGGACAUUGCGAGUAAUGCGUUUAGUUCGAGUGCGAGCCUGUUCGACGCGCUGUCCGAAAUCGACUCGAAGUUCGCAAAGAUUACGGACAAAGAGUGCGAUGCAGUGACCGGAGAGGUCAGGAAAUGGUUCAAGAAGCUUGCUAAAGAGGAGAAAGCCCAUGACGACCGUAUGGCGGCUGUGAAUGCACGAAUAAAGGCGGCCGGCGCGUCCUACGAGAAGAAAGCCAAGAAGAACAGCUACGACGCUGCCGAUGAGCAUACGCGAUACAUCAAUCUCUUGACUUCAUUAGGACCAGAGUUGACGCAGGAGAAAUACAACCACCAACUGGGCGUCAGUCAGCGCAGUACCGCUGUGACCUACAAUGUUGCGGGAACAGUCGCACGCUUGGCAGAUGCGGAAUGGCUUCGUUCAACAGAAGGUGUCCGCCGCUUUGCACCGCUCAUCGGGUCAGUCGGGGAAUGGCGAGCCUUGUGCGAGGGUGGCUGGACCGCGGCGCUACCAGAACCACUACCAGAUCUGGACGCUCCAGCUCGCUCCCAACCCCAGGCGCAAUCAGGUGGAUCGCCGCUCCCUCAGUAUAUUGUGCCUUCCAAUGUACUUGCGAAUCUUCAACCACGAACGCCAACCGAACAGGCAAGGUCUCCCCUGGAUCAACCGCGCACGCCGACGGAACACUUGACGCCCAGUGCUGAAGACAACCCGCCCAUGAACGCAGAAGAUCGGAACAGAACACUGUCCAUGGCUAACUUGGCUUCCUUCCCAAUCCCGCCAACUCAUUUCCCUUUGCCGCCUGUCAGCAAACCCUCUACGCCUCUGGCUGAAUCACCGAUCAAACAGCUCAUGGCGUCGCCAUUGGCAAAUACACCACCGCUUGAGUCCCGCACAACCUCUUCAUCUGGUACUGUGUUCUCGGAGGGAAGCGCAUUGUCCAAAUCAUCGGAGUCCUCAACUCAACCCAGUACUCCGGCGCCUGCCGAAGAACCCCGAUCCAUGCCAUUGCGACCACCUGAAGCUCGUGAGAACGUGCCAUCGCCGUCUUCAUCCUCUUCGGCCCCGCGUAGCCGGUCAGAGCCAGAGAAACCUCGAGACGAACAGCCCUCCAGACCAUCUCGGCCUACCACACCUACAGGACCUGCACCCGGCUUCAGACCGUCUUCGCCAACAAAGCCAUCCACGCCAUUCUCCCGAGAUCGCGGGUCUGCAUCAUAUGGACUUAAUCCUUCACGGACAGGCUCGCCCCGCUUGGGCACGACCGCCAGCAUACUGCCCAAGGGCGACUAUCUCGAGGAUCGCGACUUCUCUCCAACUGCCGGCCCAGAUAAGGCUCGCAGCCUUGACUCCGUUACACCGAGGCGCGGCACGUUUGACCGCACGGAUACCAUGAGGAGCACUGGAAGCUCGACCUCUAUCGCACGCGAUAAGAUGGCGCGGACAACUGGACCAGGAUCUCCGCCACCUCGAGAUAUCCCUCGCUUAAACCAAUCCGUAACAGAGAUCGCCUCUAAGUUCCAGCAAUCCGGCUCGGGGCGGCCACCUUUGUCACCCGCCGAUGAUGGACCACUAAGGCGCUCGUUUGACGCGUCUACGGCCAGGCGCUCGCAGGAUCUGGGCGAGAUUCGCGGAGUGCGCCGCUCCGUCGAUCUCGCGGAACCGUCCUCUAACUCGACACGACCAACGACUAUGUACGUGGACGACCUGGAGAGGCGACGAGCGCGUGUAGCAGAGCUUGAAGAGUUGGAGCGUCGAGAACGCGAGCUCGAAGAUAGAUCCCGGGAUCGUCGAUGGCGGGACGAGGGAUUACGACGGCCUGAUGAAGAGCGUGGAGGGCUUGGGCGUCUACGAGAAGAAGAUGAACUGGCCUCAAGCACAAGGCGAUACGGACAUUCGCCUGAUCCCACAUACCGCUCGCGCCCACCGCAACGGGAAGAUGUCCGACAACGACCUGGCGAUCGUUCUCCUCAACCAUCAUCGCGAGAUGGAUACAGCAGUGACGCGGGGCGCCCAUACGCCAACAAUCGGCCUAUGUCCUCGGGCGCUCUCCCCAUCGCGACCCGUUUCUCACAAAGUACGACGCAUCUCGCACAGCCCCAGCCCUCUUCCGCGGGCGGCCUCAGCUCGCGCACACCAUCCGAUCAACCCUUCCCUUCACACUCACCCGCGACAAGCCCUGGCCUCGGCGUCAGUACACAUCCUGGUAACUGCACUUGCCCUGCAUGUACGGUCGAGCGCGCGGCGAAUGGCCAGCCACUCGAGACGCGCGAGCGUAAGACGUCAGGCUGGCGAAGGCGGUUGAGUAUGCCGGUGAUCAUACCCUUCACUGGCGAUGGCAAGAAGGACAAGGGCAUAUCCGGCGGGAAACCUCUAGGGCACCAGCCCAACUCCAGCGUCACCAGCUUCGGUGUACGACGGUCAUGA